AACAGCAGCGAUGGGGCCCUCUCUCCUACAGGCCUACAGGAGACGCUGGUGGAUGGCGGUGACGGCGGUGAUUGAAAAUCUGCUGUGUUCGGCUGUGCUGCUGGGAUGGGGCUCCCUGCUCAUCAUGCUGAAAAGGGAAGGCUUCUACUCCCACUUGUGCUCAGUGAAUGAAACCGUGAUCGUGUUACUGGGUAACUCCUCCGGCGGUGAGUUUGACGACUGGCUCAGCUGCGUAGACCAGGAGGAGAUGCUGAAUCUGGGCUUCACCAUUGGGUCUUUUUUACUCAGUGCCACCACCUUGCCACUUGGAAUCCUGAUGGACAGAUUUGGACCACGCCUCAUUCGCCUGGUGGGCAGUUCGUGUUUUGGUAUGUCCUGUGUUAUAAUGGCUUCGUCUUCCUACGACCCACAUGCUCUGUCAGCGCUCAUUUUCUUGGCUCUCUCCAUGAACGGCUUUGGAGGCAUCUGCUUGACCUUUACCUCACUCACGCUCCCCAACAUGUUUGGUGCUCUGAGCUCCACCGUUAUGUCUCUGAUGAUUGGCUCGUAUGCUUCCUCUGCUGUCACCUUCCCCGGAGUCAAGCUGAUCUACGAUGCAGGUGUGUCCUUCCAGGUGAUCAUGUGGACGUGGGCAGGUCUUGCUGCCUCUGUCUUUUUAAACUGUUUUCUCAACUGGCCUGCAGAAGGCUUUCCAACACCUGACGAGGUAGACUACAGUAAGAUACUCACACUGCAAGAGCCGCCUUCAUCUGACCAGAAGGCUGUUGGAGAAAGACUUAGCCAGAAAAAUGGAGACAUCCGACACUCAACAGAGAACCUUUCUAGUACAUCUGACGCUGCACCCAAUGCUCCUCCCUUUCGUCGGUCUGUGUUCUCUCCCAUCUUCCUGUGGAGUCUGGUUACAAUGGGGAUGACCCAGUUGAGGAUCAUCUUCUUCAUGGGGGCAAUGAACAAGAUGCUGGAGUUUAUGGUUAUCCACGGCGAAGUGCAUCUAUCUGAGCAGCUGGUGCUUGAGACGGAGAAGAAAGUGAGUUUCUACUCGUCCAUCUUCGGCACGCUGCAGUUGCUGUGCCUCGCUACGUGUCCUCUGAUUGGUUACAUAAUGGACUGGAAGAUGAAAGAGUGUGAAGAGGAGAAGACCGUCCCCCCAGGCACAGAGCAGAGACAGACCAGUGUUCCCAUGAGAGACCGUAAGAUCCAGAAAGUGACCAACGCCAUGAGGGCCUUCAUUCUCACCAACCUGAUGUUGCUCGCUUUCGGAUGCUGCUGCCUCAUAGACAACCUGCCUCUACAGAUCUUAACCUUUAUCCUCCACACUAUGGUCCGAGGCUUCAUCCACUCCUGCUGCGGAGGCCUUUAUGCUGCUGUCUACCCGUCCAACCACUUUGGCACUCUGACAGGCCUCCAGUCUAUGAUCAGCGCUGUGAUCGCUCUGUUGCAGCAGCCGCUCUUUAUCGUCAUGGUCGGAACCCUGAACGGAGACCCCUACUGGAUCAACCUCGGUCUGCUCAUAUUCUCAUUGGCUGGCUUCCUGUUGCCGGGUUAUCUGUUCUACCACCGCAGACAGCUGCUGAGGGAAAAGGAAGCCAAAGACAAGGGGUUGGCCGAACAGGAGAUGCAGGCGCUCAAUAACACUAAGGCCAAUGGCUACAAACCUCACAGCAACGGCCUCCCUGCUGUGGAGGCUUAAGGCCGUUUUAUGCUUCUGCAUCGAAUCAACGGCGUACCCCCGCAGACCCCUCUGUGUCUACGCCGGACCCUAUGCCAUAGCCUAACGUGCAAUUCUCAAAAAAUGCGUUGCAUUUCCCCCGACUCAUUUCCUGGUUCUUCUUCUCCAUUAACAACAUGAAAACAAGGAGAGGUUUAACUUUUUAUGCUAAAGACAUCUCAUCUUGGUCAGAAAACACAGGGGAGACACUUUGUUUUUCACACUAUGAUCAGUUCCCACUCCAAACCUAAUCGCCACUCUCUCACUUCUCCUUCUACCACACAUAUACAUGCCGGCUUGACGCACGCACCCGCUCAUACGUAUAAAAACUAGGCCACUUACACAGACUACGGCGAAAGCUGUGCAUGGGGCCUUCGCAGA